AUGGCUGCCCUGCCCGGCGCGGUCCCGAGGAUGGUGCGGCCGGCUCCGGGGCAGAGCUACCCGCGCACGGGAUUUCCCCUGGAAGUGUCCACCCCACUGGGCCAAGGCCGGGUCAAUCAGCUCGGUGGGGUCUUCAUCAACGGGCGACCCCUGCCUAACCACAUCCGCCACAAGAUCGUGGAGAUGGCCCACCACGGCAUCCGGCCCUGUGUCAUCUCCCGCCAGUUGCGCGUCUCCCACGGCUGCGUCUCCAAGAUCCUGUGCCGCUACCAGGAGACCGGCUCCAUCCGGCCGGGGGCCAUUGGCGGCAGCAAACCCAGACAGGUGGCGACCCCGGAUGUGGAGAAAAAGAUUGAGGAGUACAAACGGGAAAACCCGGGCAUGUUCAGCUGGGAGAUCCGGGACCGGCUGCUAAAGGACGGGCACUGCGACCGCAGCACCGUGCCCUCAGUGAGUUCGAUUAGCCGCGUGCUCAGAAUCAAGUUCGGGAAGAAAGAGGAGGACGAUGAGGCCGACAAGAAGGAGGAAGACGGUGAGAAGAAGGCUAAACACAGCAUCGAUGGCAUCCUGGGCGACAAAGGGAACCGGCUGGACGAGGGAUCAGACGUGGAGUCGGAACCCGACCUCCCGCUAAAGCGCAAGCAGCGCCGGAGCCGGACCACGUUCACGGCCGAGCAGCUGGAGGAGCUGGAGAAGGCCUUCGAGCGGACGCACUACCCCGACAUCUACACCCGCGAGGAGCUGGCGCAGAGGACCAAGCUGACCGAGGCGCGCGUCCAGGUCUGGUUCAGUAACCGCCGCGCCCGCUGGCGUAAGCAGGCAGGAGCCAACCAGCUGGCCGCCUUCAACCACCUUCUGCCAGGAGGCUUCCCCCCCAGCGGCAUGCCCACGCUGCCGCCCUACCAGCUGCCGGACUCUGCCUACCCCACCUCCACCAUCUCCCAGGACGGGGGCAGCACGGUGCACCGGCCCCAGCCUCUGCCGCCGUCCACCAUGCACCAGGGGGGGCUGGCUGCGGCCGCCGCGGCCGCCGACACCAGCUCUGCCUACGGAGCGCGCCACGGCUUCUCCAGCUACUCCGACAGCUUCAUGAACCCGGCGGCGCCCUCCAACCACAUGAACCCCGUCAGCAACGGCCUGUCUCCCCAGGAGGAGGGAGCGAGAGAUUUCCAGGUGGCCUCGACUUGGAGGGACAGCGUUGCACUUGACAGCCAAGUGAUGAGCAUCCUGAGCAACCCCGGCGCGGUGGCGCCGCAGCCGCAGGCCGACUUCUCCCUGUCCCCGCUGCACGGCGGCCUGGACUCAGCCACCUCCAUCUCGGCCAGCUGCAGCCAGCGGGCGGACUCCAUCAAGCCGGGAGACAGCCUGCCCACCUCCCAGUCCUACUGCCCGCCCACCUACAGCACCACCGGCUACAGCGUGGACCCCGUGGCUGGCUACCAGUACGGCCAGUAUGGCCAGACUGCUGUUGACUACCUGGCCAAAAACGUGAGUCUGUCCACACAGCGCCGCAUGAAGCUGGGGGAGCACUCCGCCGUGCUGGGACUGCUGCCUGUGGAGACCGGCCAAGCCUACUAG